GCCAAUUGAAUGAUAAUAUUUAAUAUCAGAUGACUUUCCAAGCUCCAAUAUCAGAAUCAUUAAAAUAUAUAUAAACUGAGUUCUUUGAUCAAAAUUCAUCCUCCAGUUUCCUGAGCGACCUUUUGAAAGUAUUAGGAGCAAUUUUACAGAUAAAUAAUGAAGUUUCUAGCUGUCUUCGCCCUUUUUGUUGUGGUAGCAUCCAGACAUCUUCAAUUUUAUCCAGAGCUUAAUGAGCACUGGGAAAAUUUCAAGAAAGUAUUCGGCAAAGUCUAUGAUGAAAGGGAAGAAAUUCACAGACGUAUGAUUUGGGAGCAAAGAGUGGCUGACGUCAUCCAACAUAACCUCCGUUACGAUCUCGGAUUACACUCUUACAGAAAGGGCAUCAACGAAUAUUCUGAUUUGGAACAUAAUGAAUUUGUAAGAACAUUCAAUGGCUUCCGCCGUCAUCUUGGUCAGAAAAGCAACGGAACCUCUUGGGUUCCUGUAUUCAAUGUCCAGAUUCCAGACCAGGUCGACUGGAGAACCAAAGGACUCGUAACACCCGUUAAAAAUCAGCAACAAUGUGGUUCUUGCUGGGCUUUCUCUACUACUGGUUCUCUGGAAGGCCAGCACAAAAAGAAGACUGGCAAAUUGGUUUCUCUCAGUGAGCAAAAUCUGGUUGACUGUUCUGGACCAGAGGGCAACCAAGGAUGUGAAGGAGGUUUGAUGGACCAGGCUUUCCAAUACAUCAAGGACAACAAGGGCAUUGACACUGAAGACUCCUACCCAUACACCGCUGAAGAUGGAACUUGUCACUUCAAAAAAUCCUCCGUUGGAGCAACCGUCACUGGAUACGGUGACAUUCCAAGUGAAGAUGAGGAAGCCCUUAAGCAAGCAGUUGCCACCAUUGGACCCAUUUCAGUUGCCAUCGAUGCCAGUCAGGGCAGUUUCCAAACCUAUCAAGAUGGUAUCUAUGACGAACCCCAGUGCAGCUCUGAUUUGUUGGAUCACGGCGUUCUGGCUGUAGGCUACGGUACAGAAGAUGGAUCUGAUUACUGGCUUGUUAAGAACAGCUGGGGCACAACCUGGGGUAUCAAAGGUUACAUCAAGAUGUCCCGAAACAAGAACAACCAGUGCGGCAUCGCUACCCAAGCCAGUUAUCCAUUAGUUUAAAAAACGACGACUACCUUGACAUUUUUAAAAACUUAAUUCAUAAAUGUUUUAGUAUUAUUAUAUGCACAACGGCAGAAAUAUUUUGCAUAUUUUGUAAAAAUUAUUUUAUUGUAAUUUUCAAAUGUGAAGAAUAAUUUUAAUAAAUAUUUUAUAUAUGUGA